AAGGAGCAGGAGGAGAGGAGGAAGAAGAAGAAGAACAGAAAGAAGAAGGACUACGCGAACGAGGACGUGAACGGGUUUGAGGCGUACCUGGGGCGGAGCUCGGGGGUCGGCGACUCCGAGCUGGAGAAAGAGGUGGCCUUAGCCUUGAAGAAGGACAAGCGGCGGGGGGGGAGGGGGGGGAAGAUUUUGAAAAACGCCAUGGUAUGUUUCCACUGUAGAGAACCUGGCCACGGUGUUGCUGAUUGUGCUGCAGUUCUUGAAAGUCAAGAUAUGGGUACAGGAAUCUGUUACCGGUGUGGAUCCACAGAACAUGACAUCAGCAAAUGCAAAGCAAAAAUAGAUCCAGCAGUUGGGGCAUUUCCAUAUGCAAAAUGUUUCAUCUGUGGUGAGAUGGGGCAUCUGUCAAGAUCAUGUCCAGAUAAUCCCAAGGGAUUGUAUGCUGAAGGUGGCAGCUGCAGACUUUGUGGCUCUGUGGAGCACUUCCGAAAAGACUGUCCAGAAAAACAGAAUGCAGACCAGGUUACAGUCGGGCGAUGGGCCAUUGGAAUGAGUGCAGAUUACGAAGACAUUACAGAAACAUCGAAACUGCAAAAACCAAAAGUGAAAGUACCCAAAGUUGUUACUUUUUGA